AUCUGGGAGAAGAAGAAGAAAACAAAGAUCAAAGGAAGAAGAAUAAUGGCGGUGUUGUAAUCUGAAUUAAUCUGUGUGCUCUCCUCCGACACUGCAGAACGUACGUCAAUGUGGAUUCGAAGAGAGGAAAACAAAGUACGGCACACACGGUGAAGGGUCGUAAAAUGCAAACAUCGGGUUAAUGGGGAGGGAAUGGUAUCUAAAAUGCGUUUUACCUGAUACGGACGGGGGGUGGCCUAAACACCUUCACGACAACCGUUACCGAUUUUAUCAUCACCAACCCAAAAAAAACGCUACUGAUAACGUGUAUCGAUAAUCACAUCGAUAGAGUUCGCCCGAAAAAAACAUAAAACAGAAGGAGAAAAGGGAUUUGCCCCGCGCUAGUAGGCGAGCAAUACGUGCAAGUAGCACCGGUGUAAAAUAUCGAACGUCUUCCACUGGCCAUACCCAAGUGCCGGUUGCCUUCGAUACCGGGCUGGCGGAUAAAGAUUAAGGAACAGAUAGGACGAGAGGCCAGAGGGGGUCUGCCAGUGUUCACUGGUUUUGCGUACAAACGGGCAACCUUCAGUGUUCUGGCGGAGUUGCUUCAGUCGUGUUCGGGCCGUUCAACGCCGCCGUCCAUCCGUCCAUCCAAAGCGUACAGAGUAGUGAGUGGGUGCAUACAGACAGUGCCGUUUAAAGCCCUAGAAUCCUGCUGGCGAAAAAAUGGCUGGAUUCUUCAAGCAGCUGUCCUGCAUUUUGUGCAGUGAGUAGUGUACACGCCAAAAUGAAAUGUGGUGCAUGGUUUGGUAAACGUUAUCUCCCCCGUUCCAACGUCUCCAUAGGUAUGAUGCUCCUGUUCUGUGGUGGCAUGCACAUCGGCUGGAGCAUUAUGCAUCUGUACAUGUCCGGCAAUCGAUGGGCGGUCGGCAUUUCGGUCGACGAGUUUCGGUUCGCCAUUUUGUCCUUCUUCACCGGGUGCGGAUUUAUCAUAUUGAUUGUGGCCGGCACCAAAAACCUGCUGCCAACGCGUGUCUGGAUAAUGCUAUCGGCGUUCUUCUUCAUUAUCAACGGCGUAUUUUUCAUCGCAAUGCCCACGUAUUAUGCGGCCACAGUGGCUACCCGUAUUAUAGCAGGCUUUGGACAUGGGAUCGCUCACGUCGUUUCGAUCAUCUACGUGGGCGAGAUCGCUUCGCGCAACUAUCGGGGCAAGCUGGUCGCCAUACUGGUGUCGUCCAUCAUUGGUGGUAUUGCACUGUUUACCAUCCUGUCGAUGGUUACGACAAACCCGGUAUUCGUGGUGGAACCGAACAUGCACGCGAACCGUGCCAUCGGCAUCGUCAUCCUGCCGCUCGCCACCUUUGCCCUGCUGUGCUCCUGGUUCCUGGUGGUCGAAUCUCCCAUCCACACGCUCACGACGUCCGGCAACGAGUCGGAGGCACGGUCGAACCUGAUCAAGCUGCGUGGUCUUUCGAUGGAGUCGCCCUCGCUGAUGGACGAGUUUGAGGAUAUGAAGACGCUCGCGUCGGAAAGCGAAAGCCUUUCGCCGUUCUUCCUCAGCCAGGGCAACUUCCCACCGUUCCAGCUGGUGCUGCUGGUGAAGCUGGCCAACCUGCUGUUCUUCAACUACUCGAUGAACACGGCGAAAAUGUCGCUGAUGUCGCUGAUGUUCACGCUCGGCCUGUUCACGCACAACUGGGCCCCGUCCAUACUGAUGCUGAGCAAGUUUGCCGGCUCGCUGUUUGCGAUCCUGAUCAUCGAUCUGCUACCGAGACGGUUCAUGUACGGCAUUUCGUCCACGUUUACGGGCACGUUCAUGCUGGCGCUUGGUAUUAUUCUCGCGACGUACGACGUGGUCGCUACCUGGAUUCCGCCCUUCCUCUACAUCGUAGCGGAGGUGUUCAACACGUUCGGUAUGCUGCCGGUGUCGGAAAUUAUGCUGUCGGAAGCGUUCCCGCCGAAGAAGCGCGCCCUGUCCGUGUCGUCCAUACUGAUCUGCGAGUACGUGGGCCACAUGGUGGUGUACAUCAUCUACUUCAACGUGCCCAGCACGCUCACGAACACGUACAUCAAGACGCUCGUGUUUUCGGGUGUGAUUUUGCUCAAGUGCCUGAUCGCUGUACUCACGAUACCGGACACAAGGGGCAAAUAUCCUCGCGAGGCGGUCCACAUGUACAUGCACAAGAAAAAAUAAAAAUCGAGCAUUCAAAUCGUCCUCCCCCUAAA